UCUCUGAACCUUUCUCCUCUCCUCUCUCUCGCCGUUGGAACUUGACCGAAAACCCUACCCCGCCGUCGCCCCGUCGUCAAACCUCCCGAUGGCGUCGAGGUGCGCGGCGAAGCUUCCCCACCCGCCGUGCGCGGCGCCGCAGCACGGCUGGGCGAGCUCGCGGGUCCCCGCACGGCCGGCGCAAUCGGCCGCGUCAAGAGGGCGUGCCGUCGCGUGCGCCGUCAGCUUCAGGCCAUGUAUCGACAUUCACAAGGGGAAAGUUAAACAGAUAGUUGGGUCUACCCUCCGGGAUGCAUCGGAUGAUGGCACGGCACUGGUGACGAACUUUGAAUCAGACAAGUCUCCAGCAGAAUUUGCGAAUAUUUACAAAGAAGAUGGACUUAUUGGUGGACAUGUUAUAAUGCUUGGCGGAGAUCCCGCAAGCCGUUCUGCUGCCCUGGAAGCACUACAUGCAUAUCCUGGUGGUUUGCAAGUUGGAGGUGGAAUAAAUUUGGAGAAUGCAAUGUCAUACCUUAAUGAAGGGGCAAGUCACGUGAUUGUAACUUCUUAUGUGUUUAGUGAUGGUAAAAUGAACAUUGAAAGGCUGACGCAACUUGUUGAGCUUGUUGGGAAACGAAGGCUUAUUUUGGACCUUAGUUGUCGAAAGAAGGAUGGCAGAUAUGCCAUUGUGACUGACAGAUGGCAGAAGUUCAGCGAUGUCUUUGUGGAUGGGCCAACAUUAGAACGUCUUGCUGAAUAUGCAGAUGAGUUUUUGGUUCAUGGAGUUGAUGUGGAGGGCAAAAGGUUAGGAAUUGAUGAGGAACUCGUGGAACUAUUGGGAAGUCAUUCACCUAUCCCGACAACAUACGCUGGGGGUGUGUCAACGAUGGACGACCUGGAGAGGAUCAAGAAAGCAGGCAAGAGUCGAGUUGAUGUUACUGUUGGGAGCGCCCUAGACAUAUUCGGAGGAGAUUUGCCCUACGAUGAUGUUGUCGGUUGGCACAAGGAGCAAAACCUGGUUAGCCAGCCGUGAAGAAAUCAGAUAGUCUUUUUAUAGAGCAAUGGUGGAAGUUCUGCUCAUCUGUAAUCCUCAUUUGACCUGACCAAUAUGUUCAGGCGAGGUCAGGUCAGGUCAGGUUAUAGAGGUUUAUUGUUUGCUGGACAUUCUAGUGUGAACAGUUUGUGUGACAUGUCAAAGCUGAAGCGGAGGUGUCAAGUCGGCGUUGUAGAGGAGUACUCGGUGUUUAGAUACCGUGCUUUACAUUCUGUUUUGUAUUGUACGUACUAAGUACUCUUAUAGUAUUGUUGAAUAAACAGAGGCUGAACUCAGGAGCCACUUGCAGCA